UCCGGUUGGCGCAAUGAACCGAGCGCUCCCUCUCAUCCCUUCCCGUCAUGCAGCGCUGCUGCCUGCUCCUCCGCCGAGCCGCCAUGUUGUCGGAGUGAAAGCCUGGGGUGUCGGAGAGAAACUGGGGCCAAAAUCCGUGACCAUCCACCCUCUCCGCCGGCUGUGGUGGAAUGAGCACAUGCCAGUGGUGCUGAGCAGUGGAGGACAUGCCCCCCCGACUGGACAGACCCCUCAGGCCACGCCCCCCAGCCAGCAGGGUGUGGCGGGCGCCGGGCGCUCCCAGGACGACGCCAUGGUGGACUACUUCUUCCAGCGGCAGCAUGGGGAGCAGCCCGGCAAACACCGCUGGCCCACCGGGGACAACAUCCACGACAGCCAGGUGCGCUCCAUGGACGAGCUCAACCACGACUUCCAGGCCCUGGCGUUGGAGGGACGCGCUAUGGGAGAGCAGCUCCUAACCGGGAAGAAUUAUGAGCUCAUUAAUAAACAGAUUGCAUUUGGACUCCUGUUUGACUCGGCUUGGAGAGCCAAGCAUCACUCGGUGUCUCAGCCCAUCAUGGUGUCCCGCCGGCCGGGCCAGGGCUUCCACGGGGGGGGGGAGGUGGGCGUGGGCUCGGUGAUGUCACCGCGCUCCGAGAGCGGCGGGCUGGGCGUCAGCAUGGUGGAGUACGUCCUCUCCUCCUCGCCCGCCGACAAACUGGACUCCUGCCUUCGGAAAGGACCUUACGGGCAGCGGGACGGAGAGGUGGAGGAGGAGAAGAGAGAGAAGCCGAAGACGGCGUUUGAGGGGGAGAAGCUGAAGGAGCUGACGGAGGGCGAGUCCGACGUCAUCAGUGACGUCAUCAACCCCAACGGCCUCCCCGUGCAGAACGGGCUGGACGUCGACGUCAAGGAGUUUGGCCGCCCCCCAGGCAACAUGCCCCCCCCCGGGCCCGAGGGCGACCUGCUGGGGGGUCCCGGGGGCGUCGGGGGGGAGGCCCUGGCCGCCCUGGGGGGGGGCGGGGGCCCCAAACCCCCCGAGGACUUCUCUGGGGUGGAGCAGGGGGGCGUGGCCAUGGACCCCAUGGAGUCGGUGAUGGAGCCCCUCCAGUUCGAGUACAACUCCCAGAUGCCCCUGGACUCGGCGCCCACCGUGGGCCUGUUCGACUACGCCAACCAGCAGCAGCUGUUCCAGAGGAACAACGCGCUGGCCGUGCAGCAGCUGACGGCGGCCCAGCAGCAGCAGUACGCGCUGGCAGCCGCACAGCAGCCACACAUCGGCCUGGCCCCGGCCUUUGUGCCCAACCCCUACAUCAUCAGCGCGGCCCCCCCGGGGACGGACCCCUACGCGGCCGGCCUGGCGGCGGCGGCGACCCUCGGCCCCGCCGUGAUGCCCCCCCAGUACUACGGCGUGACGCCCUGGGGCGUCUACCCAGCCAACCUCUUCCAGCAGCAGGCGGCCGCCGCCAACAAUUCGGCCAAUCAGCAGGCGGCGAGCCAGGGUCAGCAGAACCAGCAGCAGGUGAUGCGUGCGGGCGGAAACCAGCGACCUUUGACCCCCAGCCAGGGCCAGCAGAGCCAGCAGAACGAGCAGCUGGUUGCCGCGGCAGCAGUGAACUCGGCGCUGGCGUUCGGACAGGGUUUGGCGGCCGGCGUCCCCGGGUACCCGGUUCUGGCCCCGGCUGCCUACUACGACCAGACGGGGGCCCUGGUGGUGAACACCGGGGCCCGGAGCGGCCCUGUCCGCCUCAUGGCCCCCGCCUCCGUCAUCAUAUCUCCCUCUGCGGCACAAGCAGUGGCGGCCGCGGCGGCCUCUGCGGGCGGGGCCAACGGCGGCCUGGGGGGCGGGGCUAACGGCCCGUUCCGGGCCAUGGCCUCCCAGCAGGCGCAGCAGCAGGGCGGGCCCGGCGGCGCGCUGGGGGGAAGCUCCUUCUACGGAUCCUCCUCCCUCAGCUCCUCCUCCCAGAGCUCCUCGCUGUUCUCCCAGGGCUCCGGCCAGCCCGGGCCGGGGUCGGCCUCGCUGGGCUUCAGCCAGCCCGCCUCCUCCUCCCUGGGCGCCACGCUGGGCGCCACGCUGGGGGGUUUCGGCACCGCAGUGGCCAACUCAAGUGGCGGCAGCGGCUCCAGGAGGGACUCCCUGACGGGCAACAGCGAGCUGUACAAGCGCACCCCCUCCAGCCUCACCCCCAUCGGCCACGGGGGAUUUUACAACGGGACGCUGGGCUUCAGCCCGUCCCCCGGCCCCGUGGGCAUGCCCCUCCCCAACCAGGGGCCCUCGCACUCCCUCACCCCCCCGCCCUCCCUGUCCAAUCACAGCUCCUCAUCCAACCUAAAUCUGGGAGGCCUGACCAAUGGCAGCGGCCGCUUCAUCUCCGCGGCUCCGGGCGCCGAGGCCAAGUACCGAAACGCCGCCAGCUCGGGCUCCUCCCUCUUCUCUCCCAGCAGCCAGCUGUUCCCGUCGUCACGGUUACGCUACGGCAUGUCGGACGUGAUGCCGUCGGGCCGCAGCCGCCUGCUGGAGGACUUCAGGAACAACCGCUACCCCAACCUGCAGCUGCGGGACAUCGCCGGCCACAUCAUGGAGUUCAGCCAGGACCAGCACGGCAGCAGGUUCAUCCAGUUGAAAUUGGAGCGAGCGAGUUCAGCCGAGCGCCAGCUCGUCUUCAGUGAGAUCCUGCAGGCGGCCUACCAGCUCAUGGUGGAUGUCUUUGGAAAUUACGUCAUCCAGAAGUUCUUUGAGUUUGGGAGCCUGGACCAGAAGCUGGCUCUGGCCGAGCGGAUCCGGGGCCACGUUUUGUCUCUGGCCCUGCAGAUGUACGGCUGCAGGGUCAUCCAGAAGGCCCUGGAGUUCAUCCCCUCCGACCAGCAGGUCAUCAGCGAGAUGGUCCGGGAGCUGGACGGCCACGUGCUGAAGUGUGUGAAGGACCAGAACGGCAACCACGUGGUGCAGAAGUGCAUCGAGUGCGUUCAGCCUCACGCGCUGCACUUCAUCAUCGAAGCCUUUAAGGGACAGGUGUUCGCCCUCUCCACUCAUCCGUACGGCUGCCGGGUCAUCCAGCGCAUCCUGGAGCACUGCCUCCCCGAGCAGACGCUGCCCAUCCUGGAGGAGCUCCACCAGCACACGGAGCAGCUCGUGCAGGACCAGUACGGAAACUAUGUGAUCCAGCAUGUCCUGGAGCACGGGCGCGCCGAGGACAAGAGCAAAAUAGUGGCUGAGAUCAGAGGCAACGUCCUGGGACUGAGCCAGCACAAGUUUGCCAGCAACGUGGUGGAGAAGUGUGUGACCCACGCGUCGCGGGCGGAGCGCGCGCUGCUGAUAGACGAGGUGUGCAGCCUGACCGAGGGCCCCCACAGUGCCUUAUACACCAUGAUGAAGGACCAGUAUGCCAACUACGUGGUGCAGAAGAUGAUCGACGUGGCCGAGCCCACGCAGCGCAAAAUAGUCAUGCAUAAGAUCCGACCCCACAUCUCCACCCUGAGGAAGUACACGUAUGGAAAACACAUCCUGGCCAAGCUGGAGAAAUACUACAUGAAGAACGGCUUUGGAGCUCAGGCACUUAGACCUGAACCACCCAGACCUGAACCACCUAGACGUCCCCCAGACCAGAACCAUCCAGAGGUCCUCCAGAACCACCUAGACCUGAACCUCCCAGACCAGAACUACCUAGACCUGAACCACCCAGACCAGGACCCCCUAGACUUGAACCCCCUAGACUUGAACCACCCAAACGCCCCCCCAGAACCACCCAGACCUCCUCAAGAAACACCCAGACGUCCCCCCAGACCAGAACCAUUCAGAACCACCCAGAGGUCCUCCAGAACCCCCCCCCCCAGACAUCCUCCUAAACCACCCAGACCUGAACCCCCCAGAGGUCCUCUGAACCACCCAGACGCGAAGAAGCGCACGCCAGACUGGGCAAACGCUCCAACUGGGCUCUCGUUUGGAGACGGGCUCCCAGAGGAACGUAACCCGGAAGAGAGGGUCAAACUGGAGAUAUACCCUGUGAGGGGGGGGCGCGCGGGCAUUGAAUCAUUGAGAGAAAAGCGAACGGGAGCUAAAAAUAAGCGAAACGCGGAUCUAAUUUUGAACGUGAGGACCAGGAACGCGUCUGCUGGUGUUUCUCUGGGAGGUGAGCGCGUGACGCUGCAGAAAGCGGCACGUUCAGCCUCGUUUGAGGCUCAGACGAACCGGAAGUGCCCACAGUUAUCACAGCAGAAGGGGUUUGAGCUGAGUCCCAACCGGGAGCACGUGGGAGGAAGGGGGGGGAGACUAAACGGUCUUCACACACCGCGGCGGCGUCCGUCGGUGACAUCAUCGCUCCUCAGCAGCCCAUUGGCUGUCGGGCGGCGGGCGCCGUCCCACUGA